ACACAAAACUGCACAGUCACGUGUGAGUGUCAUGUGAUUAAUGAAUUGUGAAUCAAACACAGCUCGUCUGUCCUUUGUACUCUGAAUGUUUGUGCAGCCUAUGCAUACGACAUUUAUUAACGAGGUGACUCUUUGCUCUGAACCUACCAGGUUGUAAGAGGAGUAUGCUGCAUAGUGCUGUUUUUUAAAUACUGAACUCAUUCUGCCUGUCUUUCAGUCCUCUGCUAAAAUGAUGCUGCAGCUCAGGAUCCUGGUCCUGGCUCUGCUGGGCCUGAGCUCAGCCCUGGUCUGUCCGGAUGGAGGCAUGUGUGAGGACAACGACACCUGCUGCAUGAACGCUGUGGGCGGAUACGGGUGCUGUGCACUACCACACGCUGAGUGUUGUUCAGACCACCUCCACUGCUGCUUUGAGGCGACUGUUUGUGAUCUGGUUCAUUCCAAGUGUGUUAAUAAGACAGUUUCUCUGCCCUGGAUGAGACGACUUCCUGCCAAACCGGCCCUACUCGUCCCUCGGGUAGCUGUAACAAAGAUCGAGGAGGGGGUGAAAGCCAUCACUUGUCCGGACGAGGUGUCUGAAUGUCCCGAUGACACCACGUGCUGCCAGCUUACCGACGACUCCUGGGGCUGCUGUCCGUUAGCUAAGGCGGUGUGUUGUGAGGAUAAACGUCACUGUUGCCCUGAGAACACAAAGUGUGAUAUUGCUCACUCAAAGUGUCAGUCUUCCUCACUGGAGUCCUUCCCCAUGCUGGAGAAACUGCCCGCCAGGAGGAGGAAGAAUAAUCCAGCUCCUGUGGCCGAUGCAGUGACAUGUCCUGGUGGAAAAAGCAGCUGCCCAGAAAGUUAUACGUGUUGCCAGCUUCCCUCCGGAGACUACGGCUGCUGCCCCUACCCACAGGCGAGUUGCUGCAGCGAUCAUCUCCACUGUUGCCCUAGCAACACAAUAUGUGACCUGGAGCAUGGGGUCUGCCAGUCUGGUGAAACGAGCGUUCCCAUGCUGAAGAAGAUUGCUGCUGUACCUAAUGACGUCGGUGCUGUUCCCUGCAACAGCUCUGUGGCCUGCGCUGAGGGGUCCACCUGCUGCAAAUCGUCAGAGGGAGGAUGGGCCUGUUGUCCGUUACCUAAGGCCACGUGCUGUGAGGACCACCUGCACUGCUGUCCCCACGGCACCGUCUGUAACCUGGCAGCCUCCACGUGUGACGACCCGUCGGGCGGCACCCUGAUGCCCUGGCUCAGCAAACUGCCCGUCUUCCCCUUAGUGAGCGACAACAGCAAAUGUGACGAGUCAACAUCAUGUCCUGGAAAAUCCACCUGCUGCAAGAAGGAGGCUGGAGGCUGGGCCUGCUGCCCGCUGCCGGAGGCCACGUGCUGUGAGGACCACCUCCACUGCUGCCCUCACGGCACAGUCUGCAACCUGGAGGCUGAAACCUGCGACGACCCUGCCGCACCCCCCCUCCGCUGGGUGGAGAGGGUCCCGGCUCUGACCUCUGAGGUGGAGGCGGAGAAAUGUGACAAGCAGACCAUGUGUCCAGGAGGCACCACCUGCUGUAAGAACUACCCCGGGCAGUGGGCCUGCUGCCCCUUACCUCAGGCCGUGUGCUGUAACGAUCAUGACCACUGCUGCCCUAAAGGCUACAAAUGUAACGUGGCAGAGCAGACGUGUGAUAAGCCUGGCGCCCUCAACCUGCCCUGGCUGCAGAAGACCCCCGCCCUGCAGAGGGAGCCCAGCCGGGCCGUUUCCGGUUCAUCUCCGUCCGCCAGGAACAUGUGUGACGCUCAGACCAGCUGCCCCAAAGACACCACCUGCUGCUUCAUGGACCGGACACACAAGUGGGGCUGCUGCCCUCUGCCGCAGGCGGUGUGCUGUAAGGAUGGAAACCACUGCUGCCCCGGCGGUCACACCUGUGAGCCGCACCGCUCCUCCUGCUCCAAGGGACCCAGUGUUGCUAUUCCCUGGUUCACCAAACUGAGCUCCCAGACCGAGCUGAGCCCAGUUACAGACGUUAAAUGUGACGACAAGAGCAGCUGCGCCUCAGGGACCACCUGCUGCCAGCUGCAGACCGGAGAGUGGGGCUGCUGCCCGCUCGUCAAGGCGGUUUGCUGUGCGGACCAGGAGCACUGCUGUCCUCAGGGCUACUCCUGCAACAUGCAGACUGGAACAUGUGAGAAGAAGAACCACAACGUGCUCAUCCUCACCCUCCCUCAGAGCAAAGUGGUACAGUCCGAGCCCAGACACCCAGAGAACGACGCAAACGUACCAUGUGACAGCACGGGGGAGUUCCACUGCCCAAAGCAGGACACGUGCUGUAAAGUGUCCAACUCAGCGUGGGCCUGCUGCCCCUCAGCCAGGGCGGAGUGCUGCGCUGACUCCAAGCACUGCUGUCCUGCGGGCUUCUUGUGUGACCUGAAGGAUGGAGGCUGCGUCCCCCACACCCAGCUAACCUGGGACUUUUUGAUCGGGAACAGAAAGAAAGACUUUGUCCCACAUGGACUUUAAUGCCACACAAAGGUGCACUGAUCUUCUUCGUAACAUCCAUCUACUGCUCAUGCUGUCAUGGGCAACACUUCCUGUUUUCUUAUUCAAUUAGGUGUAUUUAAUACCAACUGUGUGCACUCCCAGGUUUUGUUUUUUGGGUGGGUGGGGAAUUUUAAAAUGAAGUAGAAGCACUUUGCUACGGAGCUCAACAGGUGACAUGACAGGUACAUGAUAUGUCUGUCUAUGUUUCAUAGUUUCAACUUAGAGUGAAAAACAGUGAGGGGGAGUCCUUUUAACGUUUUUCACCAGUCAGAAAACACUCACUUUCUGGAAUUCAACAUUUUAAUGUGACUAUAACAACAAGCAACGUGAGGAUUUACUGUCUUUCAAGGAUAAUGUUGCUGUUAUUCUGUAUUUAUCUUAUUGUCAGCAAAUCCCAUGCAAAGAUCAAAAACAACAUGUUAAUCCGUCUCAAUUGAUUUCUACUGAAAGGGAUUCGGAAGAUUUAAAAAAUGGCUCAGAAAAAUAUCGUUUCUUAUUUUCCAUUGUUUCAUAUGCCAGGAAGAUAAAGUUGGACAGGCUGUUUUUAUUUGACUCUUUGAAACGUACCUUUUUUAAUUCUGAUCCAGCUGUGAUUCCACACAAGCCUUGAUUUUGUUUAGAAAAUGUCUAGCUAGUGAAAACAUGCCACUUUCUUUAUUUAGAUUGUUUCAUUGGGCUUUUGUACUAAUGAAAUAAAAUACAGAUGGAUAAAGGUUAUGGUGGUGAUGGACUGGUUACAUUGGGGAAAAUGUAAAUAAAGUUUAAACCUUUUCUUACAAACAUGUUACUUUCACUCGGGUUGCAAAUGUUUCAGACCUGGUACCUAGGGAUUAAGCAUUAUGGUUUUUCCCCUGAUAAUUUUAGCUUGUGAUGGUGUUUUUCAUAUAAAAUAUAUUACGCAACCGUAAGUUAAAAUAUAUCGGUUUAAAGGAAAUGGUGUAUUUGUUCGUGACUGUUUUCUGUGGCGGAUUAAUCCACAUUUGGUGCUCUAGAGAAUAUUAGGGGCAGCAGGAUAAACAGGAAGUGAGGAAGAAGAGACAGGAACUAGGGCCCAGAUAAUCAAUUACAAUGACACUGAAGUCAGCUGUGAGGAUUUGCUCACAUUGGCAUGAUUUGAAGUAAAUUACAGUGGGUGUGUUCAUGGUAAUAAAGGAACAUGUCACCCAGAGCCACAGUGUAGCUCAUGUAUGUGUUUUUGAGGAAGAGGAAGAAGAUAUUUCAGGCUUUGAUACACAAAACAAAAAAAAACAUUACACAUUCACUGUUCGGUCUUUUCUUGGGAUUUGUUGACUUUUUAAACCUGCUUUAUUGAUUUCAUUCCUAUAUAAUUUCUCCUAUAAAAAGAGAAAGCUAGCCUGAGUGCGGGCAACAUUUGAUAAGAUCUCGUCACAUUAGGCUGAAGGUGUUUCUAAGAAUAGUAAUCUGCCUCUGUACGGGCCCCACUCCGUGAAGAAGCAGCGUUUCCUGCUUCAUGUGCUCAAUUGUUGACUGUUACUCUGCUUCUCAGUGGGGCAACACACGGAUGCACUGCAGCAGCUGUAGAUCAAUGUUAUCGAGUGUUUUCUUGCUUUUGGAGAGAGCUUCCAAUUGCUGAAAGAUUGUAAUUAAUGUUGCUAUGGAAUGCUCUAAUUGGGUGGAGGAUUUCACAGAGGAUAUUUGAAGGGCUUUCUAGGUAAUGAGAUUAUUGUAAUUGAAUGAAUAAAUAAAUAAAGAUGGGACCCAGAUUGAACAUCA